UCGCAACAGCCUUUUGUUUUUUUUUUUUUUCCCAACCUUUCUUUCUUUCUUUCUUUCUUCUUCUUCUUCACUUACUGUUUCAUAAUUUUCUGUAUCGAAAACAUUUUUGUUGUAGGAAUAUAAUUAUGGAAUGAGAAAAUCCGAUUGAUAAUAUUCCUGUGUGUGAGGCUGUUGGGUUUUGGUGGAGAUCAUCUUUAAUCCAAUGGACAGCCUUGAAGAGAUACUUAAUUCUAUGUUUUUCCACCACUGUAAUUCAGAUGAAUCAUCCAAUCGCAAUUGCUUCCAAUAUCAAUCCGAUGAUGAUGAAUCGCAAGACCCAGCAGAGAGGAACUUCUACUGGGAAUCCCAGCGCGCCCUUCUUCAGGAGGUUUUAGAGAGGCAUAGCUUGACAGGAGCAAAACUUAGGCAAGAGAUUACGCAAACCAUAGAGAAAGCAAAAUCAGAUAAUAAGUCAAAGUUGUGCAAUUGCCUUAAGCCCAAAAAAAUCGAUAUUGUUGGCUGCAACAAUUGCUUGAGACGAAGAGUUGUGGACUUGCUUUGUGACAAAGGAUUCACUGCCACUCUAUGUACAUCAAAAUGGAGGGACACGAAAAAAUUCCCGCGAGGAACACAUGAGUAUAUUGAAGUGAUUGGAAACAUACCGAGCAGAAUAAAACAAGUCCCAUUUCUGGUGGAAGUGGAGUUCCGGGACCAGUUUGAGAUUGCAAAAGCGAGUGAAGAGUACAAGAAACUUGUGGGGCAGUUGCCGGAAUGUUACAUUGGAAAACCCAACUAUCUAAACACCAUAGUCCGGCUGGUGUGUAAGGCGGCGAAGAGGUCGAUGAAGGAGAAGAAAAUCCACAUGGGGCCGUGGAGAAAGAGGAGCUUCAUGCUGAUGAAAUGGUCGCCUUCCUUUGAGAAAUGGGCAUUUAUGGAUUCCUCCAACAAAUCAAUGCCAAGACAACCUCAUGAUUCUUGCAGCUUGCAGUGUGCUGCACCUACAGCCGUCGUAGUCACAUAAUUAAUUAGAGGAUAUCAAUAGAGUUUGGAAAAUUUUGGCUCUCUUUUUACCACAAAAGUUUUGCUAGUAUACUUGAUGUGAGGAUCUACAUAUAUAGGCAAGCCCCAUUCGAAAAGCUGCUAUAUAUAGUUAUUUUGGAGUAUAAAAAUAUAUAAAUAUAUGUAUUGUAAUAUGAAUAUAGAGCAUUUUUACCUCUGCCUUUGUGGCGUAUUUGAGUAGAAAUGGUUUUGUAGCAAGAGAGAUAUAGUACAAGAUUGCGGUGUGUUAGAACAAUGAUUAUGGAGGGCACUUGAUGAAUCUCAAAUUUAUGUAAGCAUAAAUUUUGUGGAUCUGAUUAUAUUUAUGGUGUUAAUGAAUCUCAUAUUUAGAAGAGGCUAA